UCCCGGCCGCCGCGCUGCCGCAUCCACGUGGGCGCUCCGGACACUCCGAGGGUUCCCUGAAGCACCUGAGGGGAGAGGAGGGACACGCAAUGUCCUCCCGGGGUUGCGCUUUGAUUUCCUUAGGAGGCAACACCGUGGUUGAGGGUGUGGGCGGGAGAGAACCCGGGCUGCGAGGAAAGUCGAGGUGGAGUCUAGAGCACUCUAGGAGAAGGCGCCCGACUCCCGUCCCCAUCGGGGCUUGAGGCUAACAGAGCAUCCCGGGACCGGGCCUUUCGGCCUCGAAGAAGCCUGCUGGAGACCCGCCCUAAUUCUGAUCUGGAAGCUGGAGGCCCUCGGGGAUGUUCGUCCCUAACCUCUGAGACGAGUUAGGGGGUUCGCGACUCCCUGAUUCCAGCCUAGCGCGUGGAGUGCAGAGGCCGGGCCAGCAUGACGACGGAGACCUUCGUGAAGGAUAUCAAGCCCGGGCUCAAAAAUCUGAACCUCAUCUUCAUUGUGCUGGAGACAGGCCGAGUGACCAAGACAAAGGACGGGCACGAGGUUCGCACUUGCAAAGUGGCGGACAAAACAGGCAGCAUCAACAUCUCCGUGUGGGAUGAUGUGGGCAACCUCAUCCAGCCUGGGGACAUUAUCCGGCUCACCAAAGGGUACGCUUCAGUGUUCAAAGGUUGUCUGACACUGUACACUGGCCGCGGGGGUGAUCUUCAGAAGAUUGGAGAAUUCUGCAUGGUUUAUUCUGAGGUACCUAACUUCAGUGAGCCCAACCCAGAGUACAGCACCCAGCAAGCACCCAGCAAGAUGGUGCAGAACGACAGCAGCCCUGCAGCGCCUCAGCCUGCCACUGGGCCCCCUUCUGCUUCUCCAGCCGCUGAAAGCCAAAACGGGAACGGACUGAGUGCCCCUCCAGGUCCUGGUGGCGGCCCACACCCCCCUCACACUCCUUCCCACCCCCCCAGCACCCGAAUUACCCGAAGCCAGCCCAACCACACACCUGCUGGUUCUCCCGGCCCCUCCAGCAACCCUGUCAGUAACGGCAAAGAGACCCGGAGGAGCAGUAAGAGAUAGCAACACGUUCUUCUCCCUGCCUGCCGCGCCCAUUACCCACGGGGCUGCUGGAAGACAAGACAGACUUCUGCCGGCUUGCUGGUGUUGGCGGCAGGGAGGGCAGCAGUGUUUUAGUUCCUAAACUGCACUGGAGGAGUUGGGGGGGGAGCUUGGUCUUUUCCACCCUAAGCCCACACUCCCCCUCAUCCAAUGGAAGUUACCUGUCCCCUGGGGUUCAGGGCCCUCUGCCUGCCCGCCUUUCUCUUUAGAAACCACAGUUGCCGUGUUGCUUGGGUGUGAUGUGGAGACCUAGUGGACUCCCUCCUUCUUAAUAAAUGUUACCACUCUGGACUCAGUCUGCUUUUUUACCA